AUGGUUUCCCGUGUGAACCAUGGAAGGUGGGCUGCCGUCCACCACGGCUCGACAUUUAGUGGACUGGCUGCCCUGAAAGACCCCUGCUUGGCCCUUGACCAACCCACACCCACCCACCCACCCCAGCCUCCCCUCUGGGCCUGGGCGGGCGGCCCCUCGCCGAGAAAGAAACGUGGGUUGGAAAUUCUUGGGGACAGGUUUGGCAGGAACAGGCAAGGUUGGGUUCUCAUCAGGGUUUGUCGCAAGAAAAGAACAAGGGCAAGAACGAGUGCAAUAUCGAGGUAG